CAUUCUACUGUGUGUGUUUGCAUGUAGUCAGUCCCAGGUAGCGGUUAGCUAGGAGCAGCUGUGUGUGCCUGUAGCUGCUAGUUAGUCUCAGACAGGUUCGUGUGCCGCGUCACUUCACCUCAGGACGGAUGGAGGAGGAGGAGGGCGUGCAGCCAUAUUUACAUUCAAUCAAUGUGUCUAUCACAUGUAAACAAGGGGGGGUUCUAGUUCAGUUUUAGUAGGCAUCGCUAUAAUUUAUUAGAAAAAAGAAGAUUAAUAAGGAUGGAGGAAGAAGUAGACAUUGUUAAUGUAGUUUUGUUAAAGUAAAGCAUGUUUUUAUAUUUAUAUUAUGCUCCUCACUACCACGAAUCAAGUGUUUUGUGGUCUAGUCUGGAUUAAAUUAUGGCUGUGACCUGUGUUAGAUUGUUCCUCUAGAAUAGAAGCCGACCAUACAGACAAUGUAUCAUAAUGUAUGCAAUUGCCUUUUGUGAUAUUGAUAUAUAUGUUCAUGUAAUGUCCCUGAUGCUUAUAGAUAAGAUUUCUCACACAAUUUGUCUAUUCUUUGAUGCAGCAAACAUAAAGUAUAUAAACCUAGAAUUUCAUAUCCCUCAUUAUCUUAGUUGGAAGAUAAAGGCCGAGAAACUCAUUAGAUCAAGGCUUUUGCUUUUUGCUCUUGUUAUUGUUUUUGUGAUAAAAAAUGUUGGCUGAAUCAAUCUUUGUUUCCAGUGUGCUGCUCGGUUAAACUAUGAACUGAACCUUUAUUUACUCUUAUCUGAGCCAAAAUGCUGAUUUGUUUGUGGCCGUCACCAGGACCCAUUUGAAUGCCAGGUGUCGGAUUCAUCAGCGCAGAUGUUAUUACCAGGUCUGAACGGGGCCUUUAAAACACGCCUGUUUACCCUGUCCACAGAUAAUAUAUAAAGAGAGACACAGCGUUAUGAAUAGUGUCAAAAUCGCUUCUGGCUUAGAGUUCAUCACCUUGUAUAUUUUGUCAUCCUGCCCAACCCUUCAGUAGAAUGCAGCUAGUUCACUUCUGUUAUUCUAUAUAUAUUUGACAAACAUUCAGGCUACGAAAAUUGAAUAAGGUUGAAUUAGAAACUGCUUUUAAAUCCACAAAUAUCUAUAAUGUUCGUCUUAGACUUAUCGCUCUAAUGGCGCCUUUGUCACCUUACUCAUGACAUUCAUGUUUAUUUUUGUUAGCACCCACCCACUCUCCCUGUAAAAAGUAAAACUCAAUGCUGCUCUAUGGAAAACUAUCAAACAUAAGUUAGCCAGUACAGCUCCUGACUGGCUCCCUUUUACAGCUCUCCACCAAAAGUGUUUGCAUUAGAGUUCACCUGCACUGUUGAGCAUUCUCACUCAGCUGUUAACAUUUGCUCUAAGAGACAUGAAUAUGGUGGUGUACUCCAUCAGCUGAGGAAGCAAGAUUUACACUUCCCAAUAUAUGCUUCUUAAUUUCAGCUACUGGGCAGGGUGAAUAAGUUGUCUCGUAGAACCUUGAUAUAUUUCUCUUAUAAACUUGAUUUUCUCUGCUGUUGAGUUUUCCAUAAAACAGACAUCAGCACAGCCAAACCUACAUACUGGCGACCUUUAAAUGGUUGUGGUUCUUUGAAACACACUGUCUGUUAAUGCUGUUUAUGGCAGAGCUUAAUAGAGUGUGCUGGGGUUUACCUCAGGACCAUAAACAUCAGCCAGUGGUCUCAGAGUAAGAGAAACCAGCAACGAUGCUGUGGCCUGGUCGUCCACAGCCUGGAACAUUUUGUAAUGGUGGUUCAGGGAGGCAGAGAGAGUGACUCCAACAUUUUGCUCAAGAGUUUAUUAGACGUCAGUGGCCUCCAAAAAAGUAUAUUCUUAAAAUUGUGUUAAAGAAAAAGGAAGGAUCAGACCCCAUCCUCUCCUCACUGCACACUUUAAACACUGUCUGUAGCUCAAAUAGAAACAAGCUAAUGUCUAAUUGUUAAAAUGGGAAAAUGAUGUGCACAGUAUAAUAUAAUCCUGGUUGUCAUCAUUAUUCAAUUUAUUUUCCUGUCCUUGUCUUAGGCAUCAUCCAUUUGUAUUGAAGAACACAGCUGUCCACUAAUGUCACAGAGCAAAAUCAUAUGUUCAAUAAUCAGUGAAUACUUCUGUUUUUUUAGAGUCAAGGUGUCAUAGUUAUCAAAGUUAAAAUAUUUUAAGUUUUUUUUAUGUCACUUGCCGUCCAUCACUAUGCCACUUUCUUCUAAUUUUACUGUAAUGGAGUUAAAAGGGUUAAAAAGGCAACAAAUCUACUAAAACACUACUACUACCAUUACUGAUGAAGCUGCUGUUUAAUUAGAAGGCAACAGGCUCUUUUCCAGAUAAACUUAAGGGAAAAAUAAAAUAUUAAGUUUUAGUGGUCAGUUUCACAAAUAAAAAAUGUUCUUUUACAUUUCGCUUAUAAAUAUAUAUUUGGUUUAAUAUGUCUUUUUGAUACUUAAACUCAACUGUUUCUGCUCUGUCAUCAUUUUGACUGUUUCCUCACAUAAUUUGUCUAAGGUGGAUUAUUUUGUUACUAGUUUAUAGACAAUUUAUGAUGUAACUUUGCAUACACUCUCAAUUUCAACAUUUUUUGUUUUUAAAGUGAAAAUGGAUGAAAAUAUAUGUAAACAACCAGACUUUAUGUAUCUCUGCCAUAAACAGAAAUAAUGAUUAUUAUCGCAAAGUAAUGAAAUUGUUGGUGGGAGUGAAUGCAAACACAGUGUAUCUGGGAUUCCUGUCUGAUUUCCCAGGGCUCACUUUCUUUUAUUUCUCUCUUUUUCCUUUCUCUUUAUGGGAUGGGACCACUCUGCUCCCUGCCAAACACAUUAGGAGCUUGAUGAGUUGGCUGAUGAUCGCAUGGCCCUGGUGUCAGGAAUUAGUCUGGACCCUGAGGCUGCCAUUGGAGUAACAAAGAAACUGCCUCCUAAAUGGAUAGAGGGAAUUGAUGAGAUUCAAUAUGAAAUCACACGAGUUCGACAGAAGAUGAAGGAACUGGCCUUACUUCAUGACAAGCACAUGAACCGUCCCACACUGGAUGACAGUAGUGAAGAAGAGCAUGCCAUAGAAAUCACUACACAGGAGAUCACACAGAUGUUUCACAGAUGCCAGCGAGCUGUGACAGGUUUGCAGACUCGCUGCGGCCACUGCACCGAGCAGGAGGAGAGACUAUUGAGAAACGUGGUGUCGUCUCUGGCACAGAGUCUACAAGAGCUGUCCACCAAUUUUAGAUACACACAGUCCAGUUACCUAAAACGUAUGAAGAAUCGUGAGGAGAGAUCAAAGCACUUUUUUGACUCAGGACCCUUAAUGGAGGAGGAUGAAGAUUUAGCUCUGUAUGACAAGGGAUUCACAGAAGACCAGCUGGUGCUGAUGGAGGAGAACACGGUCAUGGUUGAAGAACGAGAGAAGGAGAUCAGACAAAUAGUCCAGUCCAUCUCUGAUCUGAAUGAGAUUUUCCGGGACUUGGCAGGAAUGGUUGUUGAACAGGGCACCGUGCUUGACAGAAUCGACUUCAACGUGGAGCAGGCUUGUGUUAAAACAGAUGAGGGAUUGAAACAGUUACAAAAGGCGGAGCAGUAUCAGAAGAAGAACAGAAAGAUGCUGGUCAUUUUGAUCCUGUUCGUCAUAGUCAUUGUUCUAAUUAUUAUUCUUUUUGGAACAAAGUUCUAGUCAUGCAUUCCUCUGGCGUUUGUUUUCUGUGUGGUUGUAUGUUGUGCAUCUGUUUGGACUUGGUCUUUAACAAAGCUGACUGCUUUUCAUUCCCACCAGGACACGACGAGGAAAUCCUUGUCUCCUUGCAGAUGCACUUGCUGCAAUGUUGAGAUAUUCUUUGUGGUCCAUUUUAAUGAAAGAAACAAUCAAAAAUCAGUUUGAGCCAAGUGGCUCUCCUCAAAUCGCUCCAAUGCUCUUUGACCAAGGUUUGUCAAACCCAAACAUGUUGAAAUAUCAGUGGCUUAAGACAAAACAACAAAUUGUGGUCUAUAAAAAUGAGUGCAAAUGUUGAGUGGCUAACCCAGUGUUCUCACACUUAUUUCUUGUGUGAAGAAGCAAAUUAUUUGUUCCAUGCUAUUGCAAACAUUUAGUUUCCGUGAGAGAGCAGAAAUGUUUGUGGAAGAGAAACAUGCAGUAGAUAUUAUUUUAUGGCAAAUUCAUUUUCAUCCCAAACUGGCUCAGUAUUUGAUGGCACCUUUGUGUUAAAAAAGCACCAAAUAUGAUUAGAAUAGUCCUUUGUUACCCAAAAUAUUACUUUGAUUUAAAGAACCACCAUUUUUUGGGGUUGAAAAUUCCCUUUAAUUAUAAUUUUACUGAGCACUUAGAUCCUUGUUACCCUGCUGUUGUCCGGAAGAGGGUCCAGUCAGCCAAUUCAAUCCUAAAAUCAGACCCGUUUCAAAUCUGCUGUACUUUGCAUCAAGUGCUCACUUUAAAACACUUCACUGUUUUGUUUGUUUUGUUUUUCAUGGUCCUUGUAUUAAGUGCUACCUUUUAAAAACUCUUGCAGUUUGCACAUAUUGAGGCCUGUGGGGGAGGAGAGGGGGAUGUUAUGGAUGUAAUACUACUGGUAUAUGUAUAAUGAAAAAAGAAGAAUGAUUGCAUUAUUUAUUUUUAAUAGCUUCAAAUAAUCCAGAGGUUAAUAUGUGCUCGGUUCCAGGCAGAAUUAUUGUAUAAUGAGUAAAAGUGUGUCUGUAGCCAUCUGUUAUUGUUCCACCCCACUAAGGAAAAUGUGAUGACGUCCAGCACAAGCCGACAUAUAGAGACAGCAUGACGAGGAUGGUUUGGUCUGUUUCUAUUUAGACUGGACUUGAUAUAUUUUAGUUGGCUGUGUUGGAAACGUCUUGUGUUUUAUGAAGACUGAUAAGCUGAAACGAUGAAGAGCUUUAUCUGACAUAUCUGUACGCUACAGUUUAUACACCUGUUCAUCCAUCUUUGUCAUUGAUGUGAAGUGUGUGUGUGUGUGUGUGUGAAAAAAUGGUUAUGUCCAAGUGGUGCUCCACUCAGGUUUUGUUUUACCAACAAAACUGGCAAAGAGACAGCAACGUUUUUUAAAUAAACCUGGAACAUGGA